AAAAUAACCGGAGAAAAAACGCGGCUGCUGUAAACACCAAAAACAGAGAGAGAGACUCUUUCUGCUAAAGAUCGCACCAAAGCGAACCCAAAACUUUUAGGUCCAAAAAAAAGAGAAGAAAUUUCAAUAAUCUAUUUAUAUCAAAAGAUCCUCAUUUUUUUUCCCAAAAUUUUGGUUUUAGUUAUUGAAAAUUCUUAUAUCAAAAUAUUCUAAGUCGGUGGUGGCAAUCAUCGAUUUGGAAUUUUCUGAUCGGGUCAGAUUUUUGAUCGUCUCGUUACCAUUGGGAAUUUUCCCGGUGGGGUUUCGGUUUUAUGAAUGGGUCGGGUCUGGUUUUGUAUUUAGAUUUAUGGAGACAUAGGUCUCAGUUUGCUGGCCUGAUUGGCUAAGUUCUUUUAUUUAUUUGUUUAUUUAUUUUUAAAAUAAUUGCUAUUGCUGUUUGAUGAUUUCAUUGGGAAGAAGAGAUGCGAGAAAAGAAUUAGGGUUAGGGUUUGGUAGUGGGAGAGAGAUGGAAGAUACUGAGCUUGAAGAAGGGGAGGCUUGCUCAGACCAUAAUAACAACAGGGAUGAUGGUUAUGAUGCUAGCAUAGACCCUGAUAUUGCUCUCUCUUACAUAGAUGUGAAACUUCAGGAUGUCUUGGGACACUUUCAAAAAGAUUUUGAAGGUGGAGUUUCAGCAGAGAAUUUGGGAGCCAAGUUUGGUGGUUACGGUUCAUUUUUACCUACCUAUCAGCGCUCUCCAGUUUGGUCUCACCCAAGGACUCCACCCAAAAAUCAGAACUACAAUGCACCUAGAUCUCCAAACAAUUCACAACUGGAGGGCAAUCGUCAUGGCUUAGUAUCUUCAUCAAAUGCGCCUCAAACAGUAAAACUUGAACCUGCUACUGCUAGUCUGGUGUCUCUAACUGCUUCACAAGCAUCCUCCUCUCCCAUUGUUGCAGUCAAACAAGAAGCAGGCAUGCCAUCCUCUGAUCUUGCUAAGGAACAUGCAUUGAGAUUUGAAUCAGUGAACAGAAAAUCUACCAAUUUUCCAGACCAGAAAUUGCUCAAAGUCCGAAUCAAAGUGGGUUCUGAUAAUUUGUCAACACAAAAGAAUGCUGCAAUCUACAGUGGUCUUGGCCUUGAUGUUUCACCAUCUUCAUCGCUGGAUGACAGCCCUUCUGGAAGUGAGGGGAUGUCACAUGGACGUCAAGAUUCACCAUUUGAAUCUCCAGCUCAUAUUCUUGAGAUUAUGACUUCUUUUCCAGUUCGCGGGAGCUUGUUGUUGUCACCUCUUCCUGAUGAUCUAAUUCACUUGCCGGAAAAGGUAAAGCUUCUUAAAGGCAGUGUAAUUUUUCCUGUUCCAACCAUUGGCUCAGAAAGUUCUGGGAUUUUACCUAAUGGGUCUGUAAAAGGUGAUGGGAAGAUACUGGGAGAGAAGAAAACAAAAUUACCAGAAAGAAAUGAAAUAUUAGCAGAAUCAAAAAGUGAAAAUAAGGAUUCUCAGGGUGGUAUUGAUGUUUCCUUAAAGGAGGUAGACCUCGACACCUUGGCCUGUGAGGAUCUCGUUUCUAACACAUUAAAGCUCCCACUUCUCUCCAAUUCAUACUCGGUUGCUGAUGCAGCGAAAGGCAUGGUUAGGUCAUCCAAUAAAUCCAGGGAAGCAUCUAAUGGUGUAGUUAGGGAUAAAGGCUCUUCUGAUCUGAUAAAGGAGGAGGAGCCCAAUACUCAUGAGGAUGCUUGGUUCGAGAAUCCUAAAGCCACAUCAGCUGGAAAAAUCUGGGAAGAGAAAAAAGCUAGUUCUCCUGACAGUAUUCCUGUCUACCCCCGGAAAGAUGGCCAUCGGAAAGGAAGAAAGCCUUCUGGCACUGUAAAAAGUGACUCAAAUAUUUCAAAGGGGAUGAAAAAUGCAAGUUCUGAACUUACAGAUACUCUAAAGCAGAAGGCUGAUCAGAAAUUUACCUCUAAUGAACAGGAAGGAACCAAGUUUCCUUCUGGAAAGGAGCGGUGCUCUUCUGAUGGGAAAAAGAAAAUGAAAGGAAGUCAAAAUCAGGCAAAUACAGUAGCGGAUAUAUCAAAAGAUAGCUUGACAGGUGGCUCUCAUUCAAUGGCCAAAAGUAAGAUUAGUACUUACUUGGAUGAAUAUAUAACCAAAAGGGAGUCGGAAGACUUAAAAUUGCAAAAGAAUACUGGAAAAGCUGGGGAUAGAUAUAAAGAUUUUUUUGGAGAUUUUGAACUAGAUCAAGAAGAAAGUCAGAUGAGUCCAUUGGGAAUGACUUACGAGAAUAGGCAGAAGGAUUCUGAAAUAUGUGAAAAAAACACUCGUUUCUAUAAUAACACAUCAAAAGAGAGAUUAAGUGGUAAGAAAAGUGAUAAGCUGCUUCCAACAAGUGAAAUGCAUCCUAAAACAACUCAGGGUGUCACUCCCUUCUCAGGUAAUGGGCCCAUCUCUGGUGUUGCUUCUGCAGCAACAGCUCCUGCUGCAACCAAAGACAAUUGGGUCUGCUGUGACAAGUGUCAAAAAUGGCGGCUUCUUCCACUUGGUAAAAAUCCUAAUGACCUACCAGAGAAGUGGCUGUGUAGCAUGCUUAACUGGCUGCCUGGUAUGAACCGGUGUAGUUUUAGCGAGGAUGAGACAACAAAUGCUGUAAUGGCAUUGAACCAAGUCCCUGCUCUGGUGAGUCAAAAUAAUCUCCUGACAAAUCCUGGUGGGGUUAUAUCCAGUAUAAGCGUGGUCGUUGAUCAGCUUGAUCAGAACCAUCAAAACUUGGGUUUAUAUGCCAUGCCCAGUGGUGGAAAGAAGAAAAUUAAAGAUGGUAGCGCUCUGUUGUCAAACUCUAUGAAGAAGGGCAUACAGGCAUCAGUAGCAAAUGGAACCUUAAAUGAGGUGAAUCAACCAAUGGUAAGCGAACCUGAUGUUUUGAAAUUGAGCAAGAUUAGUGACUUAACUGUGGAGAAACAGAAAAAUAGGCAGAAAGAGAAGCAUAAAGUACUUGAAAGCUGUUCUGAUGGAGGUGAUACUAGGCAACCAAAGAUUAAGGGGAGAAGGGAUCUUGAGGAAGAUUCAUUGAGGGUCUCCAAGAAAAUCAGGGCUGAAGUCAUGCUAGAAGAUUGGGUGUCUGAUCAUGUAAACAGUGAAAAAAUAGGUCCUAGCUCAGGUAAUGGAUUACCUACAAUGUCUUCAGGGAAGAAUCUGCCUAAAAACAAUGGCCGCACUUCUUCCAAGGAUCAGGUUUCUGCUAGAAAAUCAAAGGACAAAGUUCCAAUGUCCAUGGAUGAUGUGUCCACAGAUAAUGGAAAACGGGAUGAUAAAGAAGUUAGAAAGAAGAGGAAACUAAAAGGAAGUUAUGAUACUCAGAUUAAUACAGGAACCAUUUCAAAUACAGGGCAUGAUCUCCAGGAAAGCAGAAUCAUGGCCAAGGAGGAGUUCAGUGACAAUGAGUACAGGAAAGAAAAGAAGGCCAGGGUAUCCAUAUCCGAUGGAAAGGAGUCCAGUGCAAGUAAAGGUAGUGGUAAAACAGACAGAAAAGGUAGUCAUAGAAAGAACCAGCAACUAGGAAAAUAUAUAGGAAGUUCUGUGUCUCAACGGAGCUUGGAUGGUGUGGAUUUUUCAAAAAGGGAUUCUGGAUCUCUGCAUCCUUCUGUGGCAGCUACUUCUAGCUCUUCUAAGGUUUCUGGUUCGCACAAAACCAAAGCUAAUUUUCAUGAAACAAAAGGGUCUCCAGUAGAAUCAGUUUCAUCAUCACCUCUAAGAGUUUCAAAACAAGAUAAGCUUAUGUCAGGACAAAGAAACUUCACUGAGAAAGAUGACUCAAGUGAUGCUGGGUUAUUUUCCCUAGGUGGUAGGCGAAAAAUUUCAGAUGGUGAAGAUGACGGUGGGAGUGAUCGAUCUGGGGCAGCAAAGAAGGAGAAAGUUCUUGAGGUGGCUCAUCAUGCUUCUCAUGAAUCCUCUGUGCUGGAUUUUCAGGAAAAGGACAUUAGUCGUGUUUCUGGUGGUAAAUUUAAACAGCAGAUUGUUCCUUCUCCUGACAUCACAAACCACCACCUGGCAAAUGGUAGUUCAGAUUAUUUAGGGCAAGAGAAUCGAUGUUCUAGUAAAACUACCACUUCAGAGCGAGGUCACGUUGAUGAUAGACAGCAUGAAAGUCAUUAUCUUGUGAAUGGAUCCCGUCCAAGGAAGUCUGGAAAAGGAUCUUCUUCACGUUCCAAAGACAAGAAUAGAAGUUUCAAUUAUGAACUUGACAAUGGUAAACUUAAGGUUUCUGAUUCUAUUAAUGAACAAGCACCUUCCUUUGCAGUGAAACCAACUGAUAGUAAAAGUAAAACUGAGGAGAAGUUUGGGGUCAGGUCUGACGAAAGUGAGAAUAGAUAUGUGGAUAAGGACUCCAUAGGACUAUUUUCAAGUGAAAGCAGUAAAAAAGAGAGCCAGUCAAAGGUCCGGGAACACAGUGGUUCUGAUAGUAAAGCACACGAUGCGUCUAUUCCAAGACACAAUUUGCUGUUAGAUUCUGAGGCAGCAUCUGGUAGAGGAAAGUCACCAUCAUUACCUCCAUCUGGAGGUGCUCAAAAUGAACCAGUGUCUCACUGCCCUCAACCUGUCUCUGGAUCUCAUAAAGGAAAUAGAGCAAAUAUUUCAGUUAGUAAUGCCUCUGAUAGUGAUAAUCCAUCAAAAACACUGAAACAAAUCAGAAAGAUUGAUCAGCCAAAUGGGACUCAUCACAACAGUUCAAAAGAUCCUCUUUCUAAUGGGAGGAGGGCCAAGGAUCUUGAUGCCCCAAGUCCAGUUAAAAGAGAUUCUUCUAGUCAGGGUGCUAUUGCUCUGAAAGAAGCUAAAAAUCUUAAACACUCGGCUGAUCGUCUUAAGAACUCUGGAUUUAUUCUGGAGAGUACGAGACUUUACUUUGAGGCAGCCCUGAAGUUUCUUCAUGGAGCCUCCUUGUUGGAAACUUGUAGCAGUGAGAAUCCCAGAAGUGCAGAGAUGAUUCAGUCGAUGCAAGUGUAUAGUAGCACUGCAAAACUCUGCGAGUUUUGUGCCCAUGAAUAUGAGAAAUCCAAGGACAUGGCUGCUGCUGCCCUGGCCUACAAAUGUAUGGAGGUGGCAUAUAUGAGGGUAGUCUAUUGUGCGCAUAACGGAGCAAAUAAAGAUAGACAUGAAUUGCAGACAGCUCUUCAAAUGGUUCCUCCAGGUGAGUCACCUUCUUCUUCUGCCUCUGAUGUUGAUAACUUGAAUCACCCAGCAACAGCAGACAAGGGUACCUUGACCAAAAGUAUAAGCUCUCCUCAAGUGGCAGGAAGCCACAUCAUUGCUGCACGAAAUCGUCCAAAUUUUUCGCGGUUGCUCAAUUUUGCUCAGGAUGUAAAUUUUGCAAUGGAAGCCUCAAGAAAAUCAAGGCUAGCUUUUGCGGCAGCUAAUUUAAGCUUGGGAGAAACACAGCGUAGAGAGGGUAUUUCUUCCAUUAAAACUGCUCUUGAUUUUAAUUUCCAGGAUGUAGAGGGAUUACUACGUCUGGUACGGCUUGCAAUUGAAGCUACUGGCCGCUGAACAGUUGAGUUGUUCGUGGAGAGUAUGAAAUUUGGGACGAAAUGAAACCGCCUAGUUAAUUGUGACCUGGAUCUCUCUGUUGCAGCCUCGAGGCUUCUGUUCGAGACCAGUUAUUCCCAUGUCACCAGCUCAGUGUUCUGUACAUGUGUAUGAUACGGGAUGAAUUUGGAAUUCUGAGUAUAUUUUUUCAUCGAACUGUCAGCUGCUUUCGGAUGUAAAGAAGGAUCAUACAUGUUAAACCCAUUUCAGAAUCGGUAAUAAGAAAAUUUGAUUCAUCAACUUCUGCGGGAUUGAUCCUGAGGUGUAGAAAGCAGCAUGAUUGUGGUGCAGCAUAGUUGUGGUUUGAAGAAGUAAAUGAAUAAAGAUAAAGAAGAAUCCCCAUUAUAAAUAUAUCUGGAGUUGUAGAAGACUGAUACCAGAGUGUGCUGCCUUCAUGGCAAUUGUUUUUCUCUCAGGGAGAGAUUAGUUUAGCUGUCCUUUAAUUGUUAGUUUUAACUUGCUUGGAGGCAUCUGAAAGAUCCGAAUUGUAAUAUAUGUGCGCUGACAUCACAUCUUAGCUCUACCAUCAGGGACUGCACUAACUUCCUUGGCUCAAGCACGGUGUAAAGAUGGCAAUAACAUGGCAGUCUCAGGUUGUCUUCAGGAGCUUCUGAUAAUUGGAGUUGAGAGCAUUUUUUAGGUGUUGUUGACAUAGACAAGGAGGAAGAAAUUGGAGAAGUUGUAUAUUAGAAAAAAAAAAGAAUAAAUAAUAAUACUGCAAUCAAGUCAUCUGAGUCAUAUCCUUUGAAGGUUUAUGGACUACUGGUAGCUGUGAAAAUUUAGCUGGAUUGAGUACUGUUCUUGAAUGAAUUCAGUUCUAAAUUGUCUCUGUUUUGUGUUUUGCAGUGGCGAUUAUGUAUAUAUACAAUCAGAUUAAACAAUAGUGCAAGCGGCAUUUUUUUUUUCUUUCCAAAACUCCUGUUUCUCCCCUUUUUUAGGGCGUAUGAGGGUGCUAAUUAUAUACUCUCAGCCAAGAGAUUAGGAUUUAACCCUAUUUGUAACCCAGUUCCAACAUUAUAAUGUUAGUGGAAAUUUUUUCA